AUGAUUUUCGGCUUAGGGAGACUGUUUUAUGUGAUACUGCUUCUGAUAAAUGCUGUAGCAGUUCUCAGCGAAGAGAGAUUCCUGAGUAGAAUUGGCCUAGGUUCCAGUGCCAGCCAAGCACCCGCAUUUGGGCAGCAGGAGAACAGCACAAGGUCAAAGGUGGUGCAACUGAUUGGUGCGAUACAGACACUUUUGAGAAUUCCGCUAAUCGGAAUCAACAUAUUGGUCAUCGUAUAUGAGUUGCUAUUGGGCUAA